UCAUGGCAGGGGCGAUAUACUGCAUACUUAUUUGCAUGUUUAGUCGUCAAUUCUCGCUCUCAGCUCAGGAGAAGACUGCUGCCUCUGAAACGGCUGUGUUUGUUGUGACAGAGCAUAUCCAGGUAUGGUUUCUAUCAAGAAUUUCUGCUGUGGCACCGAGAACUGACUUGGAGUACCUCAAAACCAUCACCAGAGAUGUACUUCGCAACAAGAAGAAUGAUGCUCGGAAGACCAUGUGGAAAACUGCGGGGGGGAAAUUUUUGGGACAUUUGUGGUAUCUGUGCCCUGAACUGGCCACUUUGGCUUUAUUUGAUAGACAGGUAGACCAGGAGACCAAACUGUCUAUUGUGGCUGCGAUGAAUGCAGGGGAGGACAUGGAGGAAGACGAUUUGCCUAAUAAGGGGUUCAUAGUCAAGUUAGAAAAUUCGGUAUUGUCAUUGACACUUCCCAGUUUUGUUAACGCAGGGUCCAAAUAUUUCUUCCACAAGUUGGGUGUCCAGCCUGACUUUUUAUCUUUGCACCCAUCAGAAUGGCCUUCUAACAGUAAUUUUAAGGAAAUUGAAGUCCUCGUCAAAAACCUCCCUGUUGUAAAUGACGCAGCGGAGAGGAAUGUGAGAAUAGCAACAGAUUUCCACAAUAUACUCACAAAAAAUGAAGACCAAAGACAAGGCUUGUUCCUCAAUGUUGCAAACGACCGCAAAAGUGUUAGUCAAAAAUAAACUUAAUUAUGCUUGUCAUUUCAGUAAUGUGCAACUUUAACCAAACAAUUCUAUUGAGUUUUCAGAUGUGAUAUUUCUAAUUACCAAAUGCUAAGGUGCCAUGUGCCAUAUUAAACAUUUAACGUGAAAUAAAUAAAAAAAAUCAAAGUGAGAACGUUAUUUUUACCAUCCAGAAACCCCUUAAAAUACACAAAAACU